AUGACCUCUAUACCCUCCUUCGAUGAACUUCCCUCUGUGCCGGGACAUCCUCAGAGCAAGUGCUCCUGGGGCGUUUUCGACAAAGAUGGCCAGAAAGACCUCUACGGGACGUUGAACUUCAUCACGCCAGAUAUUGUGAAAUCUACCGCCACGGAGAUCCGUCAUGGCAUUUCAGUCUCGCUCAACUGGUCGUUGGGAGGUAUCAAGAGCAAGGGACAUUUUCGCAAACAUCUUUCACAUCGCGUGGUAAAACUGGAGGAUCCCGCAACGGGGAAAGGCUUCGGGUUUGAUGACGAGGUGGAUUUCAAUACCCAGGGAAGCAGCCAGUGGGACAGUCUCUGCCAUUUCCAGCAUCUCCCCUCCGGUCUAUCAUACAAUGGGUUCAAACCGACUGUCGAAACCCUCGAAGCAAAUGCCCACCUCCCAACCCUAGACCACUGGCACUCCCGCGGUGGUCUCAAUGGUCGAGGCGUCCUAAUUGACUUCAAAUCCUACGCCGCAGCAAAAGGAAUCCAAUACUCCCCUUUCUCAUCUUUCCGAAUUAGCGCUGCAGACAUUGAGGCAGUCGCAUCAUAUCAGGGGACCAUCUUCCAAAAGGGCGAUAUUCUCAUCAUCCGAUUCGGAGUAACAGAGGCAUUGGGAGAAAUGACUGGAGACGAGCAAUCCGCCGCCAUGGCUCCACUGCGAUGCUGUGGAACUGAAGGAACUGAAGAUAUGGCACGUUGGCUAUGGAACAGGCAGUUCGCUGCCGUUGCCAGUGAUAAUAUAGCGGUAGAGGCUAUGCCGCCGAUAGUGGAUGGGAUAGAGAGACCACCAACCGAAUUUGUGCUGCACCAAUGGUGUCUUAGUUUGCUCGGAAUGCCUCUUGGGGAGCUGUGGGAUCUCAAGGCUCUGGCGGAGGAGUCACCGUUGAAUGUGCCUGGUGCUGUUGGGAGUCCACCGAAUGCGCUGGCUAUUUUGUAA